GAAUAAUACAGUUUUCAUUUUGACCACACCCUGUGCAGGUGACAUAACUAUUACCGUUUUGUCCUCGCAGUUGGGGAAACCGAGGCAUGACACCCCUUACUCAGCUUUCUGGUAGGUUUUAGGAAUAGUCCUCCCCACAUGACCUCAGGGGGUCUCCUUCACCCUCGGAAGCGUCCCUAGAAAUCCUCCAGUCCUUUGGCUUCCCAGGAGGAAAGCAGCUCAGGCUCCGCCGCAGCCUUGGGACUCGUCCUCCUCCCAGCUGCACCCGCCCUGCUCUAGCGCACCUUCCUCAGUGAAGUCCGGCUGACCAAGGUCUGGCUGUCUUUCCUGUCCUUUUCCCCCCAUUUCCCUUCCACCGGUCCCCGACGUUCAGGCAGCCCUCAGCCAAGCGCCCUCAAGGCGGUGCGGGCAGAUGCUGCCACGGCGUCUAGCAGGAUGGGCGCCGGCACCGCUAGAGCUUUGUAGGGAGCCAACCUCAGAGAGACAGACGGGAUGGCUAGCUCAGCCCGGGAGCAUCUGCUUUUUGUGCGGCGUCGAAAUCCCCAGAUGCGGUACACACUGAGCCCAGAGAACCUGCAGAGCCUUGCUGCGCAGAGCUCCAUGCCCGAGAACAUGACCCUACAACGAGCCAAUAGCGACACGGACCUGGUGACUUCCGAGAGCCGCUCCAGCUUGACUGCCAGCAUGUACGAGUACACACUGGGGCAAGCCCAGAACCUCAUUAUCUUCUGGGACAUUAAAGAGGAGGUGGACCCCAGCGAUUGGAUUGGACUUUAUCAUAUAGAUGAGAAUUCUCCAGCCAACUUCUGGGAUUCUAAAAACAGGGGUGUGACUGGAACACAAAAAGGACAAAUUGUGUGGAGAAUUGAGCCUGGGCCCUACUUCAUGGAACCGGAGAUAAAAAUCUGUUUUAAAUACUACCAUGGCAUUAGUGGAGCCCUGCGAGCCACGACCCCCUGCAUCACCGUGAAGAACCCAGCUGUGAUGAUGGGGGCAGAGGGCAUGGAAGGAGGUGCUUCAGGAAAUCUGCAUUCUCGGAAGCUGGUCAGCUUUACCUUGUCAGAUCUUAGGGCAGUUGGGCUAAAGAAAGGGAUGUUCUUCAAUCCUGACCCUUAUCUUAAGAUGUCCAUUCAGCCAGGGAAGAAGAGCAGUUUCCCCACCUGUGCUCACCAUGGGCAGGAGAGAAGGUCUACUAUCAUCAGUAACACCACUAAUCCUAUUUGGCACCGAGAGAAAUAUUCCUUUUUUGCACUUCUAACUGAUGUCCUGGAAAUUGAAAUUAAAGACAAGUUUGCCAAGAGCCGUCCUAUUAUCAAACGUUUCCUGGGGAAACUAACCAUUCCAGUCCAGAGGCUGCUGGAGCGACAAGCCAUUGGGGAUCAGAUGCUCAGCUACAACCUUGGCAGAAGGCUCCCAGCUGAUCAUGUGAGCGGGUACCUGCAGUUUAAAGUGGAAGUCACAUCUUCUGUCCAUGAAGAUACGUCUCCAGAAGCUGUUGGCACGAUCCUUGGAGUCAGUACUGUGAACGGAGAUCUAGGAAGCCCGUCUGAUGACGAGGACAUGCCAGGGAGCCAUCAUGACAGCCCUGUUUGUGCUAAUGGACCAGUGUCUGAGGAAAGUACUGCUGAGGGGACACCCAAGCAUUCUUUCAGGACUAGUUCUACUCUGGAAAUAGACACAGAGGAUUUAACCUCUACUUCUUCAAGGACCUCACCUCCCAGAGGCCGUCAGGAUUCACUCAAUGAUUAUUUAGAUGCUAUCGAACACAAUGGCCCUUCCAGGCCAGGAGCAGCAACCUCCUCUGAGAGGGCCAUGGGAGCCUCUCCAAAACUAAGGAGUAGUUUCCCCACUGACACAAGACUCAAUGCAAUGCUUCAUAUUGAUUCUGAUGAAGAAGACCAUGAGUUCCAGCAAGACCUGGGUUACCCAUCUUCCUUGGAAGAAGAAGGUGGUUUGAUCAUGUUUAGCAGGGCAUCGAGAACUGAUGAUGGCAGCCUGACAUCUCAGACAAAGCCAGAGGAUGACCACCCAGUUGAAAACGAGGAAACCUCUCUGCACGAAGCAGCUUCCUUUGAGGAUAAGCCAGAGAACCUUCCCGAGCUUGCAGAUGGCUCCUUGCCCUCAGGCCCAGCACCAGAGGAAAGCGAAACUGGCCCAGAGUCUCAACCCAGUGCUGACCAGGGCAGCACUGAGUUGUGUGGCUCCCAAGAGGUUGAUCAGCCUACGAGUGGGGCGGACACGGGGACUUCUGACACAUCAGGAGGGAGCCGAAGAGCCAUCAGUGAGACCGAGUCCCUGGAUCAGGGGUCUGAGCCGUCCCAGGUGUCCUCCGAAACAGAACCCAGCGACCCUGCCAGGACAGAGAGCGUGAGUGAAGCCAGCACCAGGCCUGAGGGAGAGAGUGACCUGGAAGGUGCUGACAGCUCCUGCAACGAGAGUGUGACCACACAGCUGUCCUCAGUGGACACUCGGUGCUCCUCCAUGGAGAGUGCACGGUUUCCCGAAAACCCAGCCUUUUCUUCUCAGGAAGAGGAAGAUGGGGCCUGUGCAGCAGAGCCCCCCAGCAGUGGCCCUGCUGAAGGGUCUCAAGAUCCCAUAUGCACUCCGGGUUCUUUACCUGUGGUCCAGGUGCCCAGUGGGGAGGAGGAAGGGCCAGCGACAGAUUCAGCCACAUUACCUGACCAGGAGGAGCUUGGGGAGGUCUGGCAGCGGAGAGGGAGCCUAGAGGGAGCUGCUGCUGCUGCUGCUGCCCCUGAAAGCCAGCCCCAGGAAGAAGGUGAUGCUGGGGAUGCCCAAGGCGCUUGUGAAGGGGCCAUUGCCCAGGAGGAAGGCGCUACUGGAGGUUCUCAAGCCAAUGGCCACCAGCCCUUGCGGUCACUACCUUCAGUGCGCCAGGAUGUCAGCCGGUACCAGAGGGUGGAUGAGGCUCUCCCACCAAACUGGGAGGCGCGCAUUGACAGCCAUGGCAGGAUCUUCUACGUGGAUCACGUAAACAGAACCACAACGUGGCAGCGGCCGACAGCUCCCCCAGCCCCACAGGUGCUGCAGAGAUCUAACUCCAUACAACAAAUGGAGCAGCUCAACCGGCGUUAUCAGAGCAUCCGCAGAACCAUGACUAAUGAGAGGCCUGAGGAAAAUACCAGUGCUAUUGAUGGGGCCGGGGAGGAAGCCGACUUUCACCAAGCCAGUGCAGAUUUCCGCCGGGAGAAUGUCCUGCCCCAUUCUACCUCCAGAUCCAGGCUCACGUUGCUGUUACAGUCUCCCCCUGUGAAGUUCCUCAUCAGCCCAGAGUUCUUCACCGUGCUGCAUUCUAACCCUAGUGCCUACCGCAUGUUUACAAACAACACGUGUUUGAAGCACAUGAUCACCAAAGUCCGGAGGGACACCCACCACUUUGAACGCUACCAGCAUAACCGGGACCUCGUGGGAUUCCUCAACAUGUUUGCGAACAAACAGCUGGAAUUGCCGAGGGGCUGGGAGAUGAAACAUGAUCAUCAGGGCAAGGCAUUUUUUGUCGACCACAACUCCCGAACCACCACUUUCAUUGAUCCUCGGCUCCCGCUGCAGAGCAGUAGACCCACAAGUGCACUGGUUCACCGGCAACACUUGACCAGGCAACGCAGCCACAGUGCGGGUGAGGUAGGAGAAGAUUCUCGGCACGCAGGACCACCUGUUCUCCCCAGACCGUCCAGUACAUUCAAUACAGUCAGUAGGCCACAGUACCAGGACAUGGUUCCAGUGGCUUAUAAUGACAAGAUUGUUGCAUUUCUGCGCCAACCUAAUAUCUUUGAAAUUCUACAGGAGCGUCAACCUGAUCUUACCAGGAAUCACUCACUCAGGGAGAAGAUCCAAUUUAUUCGAACUGAAGGGACUCCAGGAUUGGUACGCCUUUCUAGUGAUGCAGACCUUGUUAUGUUGCUGAGCUUAUUUGAAGAAGAGAUAAUGUCAUAUGUGCCUCCACAUGCCUUACUCCACCCCAGCUACUGUCAGUCCCCACGUGGCUCCCCCGUGUCAUCUCCUCAGAACUCACCAGGUACUCAACGUGCCAAUGCCCGCGCUCCAGCCCCUUACAAGAGGGAUUUUGAAGCCAAACUAAGGAACUUUUACAGGAAGUUAGAGACUAAAGGAUAUGGACAAGGCCCAGGGAAAUUAAAGUUAAUUAUCCGAAGAGAUCACUUGCUAGAAGAUGCUUUUAAUCAGAUUAUGGGCUACUCCAGAAAAGAUCUACAGAGGAAUAAGCUGUAUGUCACCUUCGUCGGGGAGGAAGGGCUGGAUUACAGUGGGCCUUCCAGAGAGUUUUUCUUCCUGGUAUCCAGAGAACUCUUUAACCCCUAUUAUGGCUUAUUUGAAUAUUCAGCCAAUGAUACAUACACAGUACAAAUAAGUCCCAUGUCUGCUUUUGUAGACAAUCAUCAUGAAUGGUUCCGGUUCAGCGGUAGGAUCCUCGGUCUUGCACUAAUACACCAGUAUCUGUUGGAUGCCUUCUUCACAAGGCCCUUUUAUAAGGCUCUUCUCAGAAUUCUGUGUGACCUGAGUGAUCUAGAAUAUCUUGAUGAAGAAUUCCACCAGAGCUUACAGUGGAUGAAAGACAAUGAUAUUCAUGACAUCCUAGACCUCACGUUCACUGUGAAUGAAGAAGUUUUUGGGCAGAUUACUGAACGAGAAUUAAAGCCAGGGGGUGCCAAUAUCCCAGUCACAGAGAAGAACAAGAAGGAGUACAUCGAGAGGAUGGUGAAGUGGAGGAUUGAGAGGGGUGUGGUACAACAAACAGAGAGCUUAGUGCGUGGCUUCUAUGAGGUGGUGGAUGCCAGGCUGGUAUCUGUUUUUGAUGCAAGAGAACUGGAACUGGUCAUCGCAGGCACAGCUGAAAUAGACCUAAGUGAUUGGAGAAAUAACACAGAAUAUAGAGGAGGUUACCAUGACAAUCAUAUUGUAAUUCGGUGGUUCUGGGCUGCAGUGGAAAGAUUCAACAAUGAACAACGACUAAGGUUGUUACAGUUUGUUACAGGCACAUCCAGCAUUCCCUAUGAAGGAUUCGCUUCUCUCCGAGGGAGUAACGGCCCAAGAAGAUUCUGUGUGGAGAAAUGGGGAAAAAUCACGGCUCUUCCCAGAGCUCAUACUUGUUUUAACCGCCUGGAUCUGCCCCCGUACCCAUCCUUUUCCAUGCUUUAUGAGAAGCUCCUGACAGCAGUUGAAGAGACCAGUACCUUUGGACUUGAGUGAUCUGGAAGCAUCUCUUUAUGGACAGACAAUUUCGGAAGCUGGCUUCCAGCAUGACUGAGCAUUGGAAGUCUCCAGCUCAGGCUUCCAUUAGAGUAAAGCUGAGUGCUGUUAGUUUCCGGGAACAUGUGCUCUCUCACGUUUGAGGACUGGUGAUGAGUCCUCUUGGAAGGAUUUGGGUGAGCUUGAUGCCCAGGGAACAACCCAACAGUCUUUCAAUCAACAGUUCUUGACUGCCAAACCUUUUCCAUUUGUUAUGUUCCAAGACAAAGAUGAACCUGUACAUGAUCAGCUCCAUGGCAAUUUCUAGGGACUCAGGAGAAUCUUGAAACUUACCCUUGAACGUGGUUCAAGCCAAACUGGCAGCACUUGGCCCAAUCUCCAAAUUAGUGCAAGUUAAAUAAUAUAAUAAAACAAAUAUAUUUCCUGAAAAUACAUUCAUUUAAGCCCUAAGUUAUAACAAUAUUCAUUUCUUGCUUAUGAGUGCCUGCAUGGUGUGCACUAUAGGUUUCAGCUUUCAUGGGACACAAGUAAAAAUGAAUCCAAGUCAAUAGGAGGUAACUUUAAAGAUUCACAAUAAGGUGGUUUGUGACAAUGUAUAUGCAAGUGGUAUGUGUGUAAUUACGGCUAAAGACAAACUGUUACUCAAUGAAUUACUAAUGGACAGAUUUUAUGCUUUAUAAUGCAUGAAAACAAUUUAAAAAUAACUAGCAAUUAAUCACAGCAUAUCAGGAAAAAUGUACACAGUGAGUUCUGUUUCUUUUUUAUAGGUUCAUUAUAUUUAUGUUCUUUAAGAUGUAUAUAAGAACCUACCUAUCAUACUAUAUGUAUCACCUUUCCAUUUUCAUGUUCCAUGCUUACUCGGGCAUCAUGCUAGUAUGUAUCCUUUUAAGCACUCUCAAGGGAACAAAAGGGCCUUUUAUUUUUAUAAAGGUAAAAAAAAAUCCCCAAAAUAAUUUGCACUGAAUGUACCAAAGUUGAAGGGACAUUACAAUACGACUAACAGCAACUCCAUCACUUGACAAGUAUAAUAGAAAGUAGCUUCUAAAUCAAACUUCCUUCACAGUGCCAUGUCAACCACUACAAGGACUGUGCAUCUAAGUAAUAAUUUUUUAAGACUCACUAUAUGUGAUAGUAUGAUAUGCAUUUAUUUAAAAUGCAUUAGACUCUCUUCCAUCCAUCAAAUACUUUCCAGGAUGGCAUUUAAUACAGAUAUUUCGUAUUUCUCCCACUGCUUGUUAUUUGUACAGCAUCAUUAAACACUAAGCUCAGUUAGGGAGCCAUCAGCAACAUUGAAGACAUCAGCUCUCUUUAGUAAUAGAAUUUCAUUUUUCCUCAUCAGUGAAGAUGCCACAAAUUGAAACUCUCAGUACUAUAUUUCUAAGCUUGCAUUUUCACGGAUGCAUAAUUUUCUUAUUAAUAUCAAGAAACAAUUUUUCUAUGAUAUCUCAAAAACUGCAUGACAUCACUAAUCUUACUUCUGCUUAAUUUUUUUUAAAAAGGGUAUCCUUCAUUUUGAUUGCUUUUGGAAUUAUUCCACACCAUUGUUUGUUCCUUGAUUUAUGGCCAUAACUAAUCAGACGCACAAUAGAGUAAGCUAAAUUGAGGAUGGUAACGGCAUUGGAUUAACAUAUAGUUUGCCAGCCUAUGAGCUUACAGGCACUGUUGGAACAUUUCUUUGAGAUUCAUAUUUAUAAGUAGCCAUGGAAUUCCUAUUAUGGGAUGUUGGCGAUCUUACAUCUUAUAGAGGUGAUAUGCCCAGUUUUCAAAGGUGUUUUGUAAGAACUGAUUGCUCUCCUGCCAUUUGAACUGAGUAUUCUAUUGAGACCUGCAAGAACAGUGCCACUCAUGUUGCAUUUCUGCUCUAAAGGUGGGUAUUGCAGUGUGGGUAAUGUUCUAGGAAAAAGGUUACAGAAAUCUGGAAAUAACAAAGAAGAUUUAUAUAUGUACUAUAAUUGGGUGAGAUAAAAAUGAAGGAGAAAAAAAUUUUAACUGGAAAUAUUAGUUUGUACUGAUUGACCAUGAAUACAAGUAUAUAUUUAAUUUUGCAAACUGUU